AUGAGGGUUAUUCACUGUUCUGUGGAGCUUGUUAGGCAGGUGGCUGAAUAUCGGAAAAAGACCGACCAGAGGUGGUUAUGCGGAUCUGCAUUUCGCACGGAUUUACGACGCCCUAAAAAAGAGCAAGUACCAGCAAAUAUUGCAUCCAAGCAAGGGUUGUGUUCGCAUGCUUCACCAGCUGCUGCGUUCAUCCACUUUCCUACGCAACUGUUGAGUACCGCGUAUCCGAUUCGAUCCGUCACGACACCAAAACAUAUAACAAAAGAAAACGCGUCCAUACCGCAGCAUCAGUAUUCACAGGGUGCUGUAAUAUCGUGUGUACGCAGGCAACUACUCUCUACUCUAUCGCAGGGGUCUCUUGCCCUCGAGAAGGGUCUGUCUACGGCAUCCGUUGGAGAAGCUGGUACGAAUUUAACUGACGUAGGAGAGGAUGGUGUGAUACAGCCCCGAGUUCCUGACGCUUCCAGUGUAGUAGGUUCCCCUUUGGAAACCUCCCCUUCUCAGGCAUUGGAGAGGAGUAUUAGCGCACCAUUUCUAAUGGGCUCAGAUACUUUUGCCGAUGAUAAAGACGUAAACUUCAUCCGUCUGUCCGCAGAGCAAGCGCAAACUCUUUCUUUGGCACUGAAUGGCGCUUCAUUAUUUGUGGGUGGAAAGGCUGGAACUGGAAAGUCAUUUCUUUUGCGAGAAAUUGUCCAUAAAAUGCGACUUAGGGGUAUACGUGUUGCUGUCACAGCCUCAACAGGGAUCGCUGCGCUGAAUAUCGGUGGUAACACUUUUCACAGCGUCUUUGGUGUUCCUGUCUAUCAGGAUGAUGAGGCAGUUGGAAAGCGUCGUACGUUGAGCACUCGAACCCCAAAGGCUUAUGAAAAAAAGCUCACAUAUGACGAGAAAGUACUUUCACAAGUUGAUGUUAUUCUUAUUGAUGAGAUCUCGCUUUUGCAUGCUGGGUACCUUGAGGCACUCGAACGUGCGGCACGGGGUGCUAAGGGCAAAAACCCUAGCAAACCCUUCGGAGGGGUUCAGAUUAUUCUUUCUGGGGAUUUCAUGCAGCUGACAUCUUUUCAGUUUCAGCGGGGCGGCUGUUCCGGCCGUGCAAGUGCUUCGUCAAAUAUAAUAAAUAAUAAGGAUCGUUUAGUGUGUGCCCAAGUUGCCAAGGAAUGUGACAUAGCUGUCCAAUAUGUUGCCAUAAAGGAUGCUUUGGAAAGAGUACACAAGGACUCGGCUCACAAAUCCGUUGAGCGGCGGUAUUGCGUGGGGUACUACUGUGCGCUCCCCAUGUACGAGAGCUAUGCGUUUCGUAAUUUCCUCCUACACGUUCAGUUAAGCGAAUCUACACGGCAUCGUAUAGACGCUGGUUUUCUCCAAGACCUCAAUCUCCUACGUGUGGGCAUCCUGACAUACAGACUGUCGCGUUCCUUUGUUUUAAACCGUGAAGACGACAGCGCCAUUCGGCUAUUCGCUACCAGACGAUCCGUCAAGGCGUAUAACGAACAGCAGAUAGUUGGCUUAAAUGGACGCGAAGUCGUCUUUAAAAGCCACCUAAUGCUAUUAGGUGUGGGUAAGGGCGAUUCGGCGGGUUGUUUUUCUAGUGUUGAAGCUCAGAAAUGCAAGUACACUAAACAAAAGUUCUGGUCAGACGUUAUUCUCCUUCACUUUACCAAUCGUGAGGGGUUUUCCAUACGCUUUGGACAUGGCCGUGGAGAUCUCGGCUCAAGACGCUGGGCUCGAGGCAAGCCGCGUGAAAUAACUUAUUCCGAGGUUCAGUCUAUCGUACAUGAGAUUUGCCAGGCAAAGACACUUGAUUCGGAACGUUUCUUUGCUUAUGUGCUACCGUUUGCCUAUUGUUAUUCGCCAAACAUCCAUUCAGUUGCCGUUCGCACUUUUGGCCAUAACAGAAAGGAGGCGACUAUGCAGUUAAAGGGUUUCUUGGCUAGUGCAAGUGAGCGAAUGCAGGGGGAUGCCUCUCUGAAGAAUUCUGUUGCAGUUGGUGCGGAGUACAUGGGCUUCAUGUUUGCCAGUGCACCGCGAUGGAUGUUGAUUCGUUUCGAACGUUUCUCCGCUCACAAAUUUGCUUCCCAUCUGCAGCCCCGAUUUCACCACUAUUUUCGUUAUGACAUCCAGAACGACUUAGUCACUCAGAGUAAGAAGCUGAAAGUAGGCUGCCGCGUCAUGCUUCUUCGAAACUUGAACGCUCAAUAUGUGAAUGGUUCGUUGGGUACGAUUGUUGAUUUUGCGCCGCUUUCUACUUGUAGUCAUUUGCUGCCACUUGAUUUCAAAGCCUUGCUCCCUUCUAGCUACCUAGUGUCUGUUCCUUCUAUUAUCCAGAAAAAGCACAGCAGAGAUGUUGUAUUCCAAGGUAAUCUCGGCGAUUCAGAAGAAAGAAUGGCGCGCGAUGUAAUUGCAGAAGCAACGUCGACGGGAGGCACCACGCCGAAAUGGAUGCCCACGCCGAGAAGCACAGCUACAUUCACAAGUCUUGUCGAGCUGCCACUCGUACAGAUGGAUGCGGAUGGAACUGUGGUUGCCAUUCCCUGGAUUAGUCUGCCCUUCCCUGGAGCCCCUUCUGAAAGCUUUUUUUCGUGUCGUGUCGUGUGCAUGCCGCUGACCCCGGCCUAUGCAUUUACUGUUCAUAAAGCCCAGGGUGUCACUUUUGACAGCCCUGUGUUAUUCGAUGCAGCUGGCAUGUUUCCGUGCGAUCACCUUGUUUAUGUCGCGGCCAGUCGUGUGAGAUGUUUUUCUCAAUUUCGCUCGGUCAAUAUGUCGCCACGAAUGGUAACGGUGCACGUACCCUCUCUUUACUUCUCAGAGCACCUUCCUGACAUCAGAGCUGCCACAGAAACGUGGAAUACGUGGGCGAAAACACGUAGUCUUGCCAUGAAUGAUUGCACAAGAAGAGGUGGAUUAUUUUCGCCGAAUUGGAAAGACUCAUUUUACUUUUUAGUGUGA